CAAACUGGGGAUUAGCCAAGUGAGCUCUCCGGGAGAACUCCUGACUGUGCCGGGCUCUGUCGAGUGGGCCACCUCCUUGUGUUUGGGACACAUGAUCUUUUGAUCCCUAUGCUGAGGCUGUACUUUCUUAUCAGUUUGCUGUGCUUGGUGAAAUCAGAUACAGAUGAAACAUGCCCAUCCUUCACCAGACUGAGCUUCCACAGUGCCGUGGUUGGCACAGGGCUAAAUGUGAGACUGAUGCUCUACACACAGAGAAACCAAACCUGUGCACAACUCAUCAACUCCACAGCUCUGGGGAACUUAAAUGUGACCAAGAAAACCACCUUUGUUAUCCACGGCUUCCGGCCGACAGGCUCCCCUCCAGUGUGGAUGGAGGAGUUGGUGCAGAGUUUGCUCAAUGUACAGGAGAUGAACGUAGUGGUUGUUGACUGGAAUCGAGGAGCGACGACCGUGAUAUACACCCAUGCCUCUGGCAAGACCAAAAAAGUGGCUCUUAUUUUGAAGGAAUUUAUCGAUCAGAUGUUGGCCAAAGGAGCAUCUCUGGACGACAUUUAUAUGAUUGGAGUGAGUCUAGGAGCACACAUAGCUGGAUUUGUUGGAGAAAUGUAUGCUGGGAAGCUAGGGAGAAUCACAGGUCUUGACCCUGCGGGCCCUUUGUUUAACGGGAAACCACCUGAGGACAGAUUAGAUCCCAGCGAUGCACAGUUCGUCGACGUCAUCCACUCAGACACUGACGCGCUGGGCUACAAGGAACCACUAGGAAACAUAGACUUCUACCCGAAUGGAGGACUGGAUCAACCGGGUUGUCCAAAGACAAUAUUUGGAGGCAUGAAGUACUUCAAGUGUGACCACCAGAUGUCUGUGUUCCUGUACAUUGCAUCCCUGCAAAAUAAGUGUUCCAUCAGCGCCUACCCGUGCGACUCCUAUCGGGAUUAUAGGGACGGCAAGUGUGUCAGCUGUGGCAUUGGACACAUGGUGUCCUGUCCCCUCCUGGGCUACUAUGCUGACAACUGGAAAGACUACUUACUGGACAAAGAUCCUCCGAUGAUGAAGGCAUUCUUCGACACAGCUGAGAAAAAACCAUUCUGCAUGUAUCAUUAUUUUGUGGACAUUGUAUCUUGGAACAAGAAUGUAAGAAGAGGGUUCAUUACAAUCAAACUGAGAGGCGAAGAUGGACAUAUCACAGAAUCCAGAAUUGAUCAUGAACCAUCAACAUUUCAGAAAUACCAUCAAGUGAGCCUACUCGCAAGAUUUAAUCAAGAUCUGGAUAAAGUGGCAGAAAUUUCCUUGUUGUUUUCCACAAAGUCUGUAGUCGGUCCAAAGUACCAGCUCAGGGUCCUGCGAAUGAAGCUGAGGUCCCUGGCCCAUCCAGACAGGCCUCACUUGUGUCGGUAUGAUCUUGUCCUUAAGGAAAAUGUUGAGACAAUCUUCCAACCUAUUCUGUGUGCAAAGUAGCGGUGUAGUUCCUGUCAGGACACAUGGACAGCGGUGACACCAGGAUCUCUACGGCUACAAGCUCUUGAUACCUCCACCCUACUUCAUUCAGAAGGCUCCAAAAGCAUAGAAAAAAAAAAAAAAAAACCCUAAGGUUAUUUUCUGCAGUAUCCCACAGAUGUCAUAUCAAGAAAUGUCAAAUGACCUGUGGUUAUGAAACAGACCUGGGAGGGAGCCCCUAAGUAGGGCAAGACAGAAAUAGCUGGGCUCCCAACAGCCUAUCCUGGGGCCUCGAGUGUUCCGAACUGUCAGCUCUGCUGCCUGUCAUAUCACACCCUCAGGACCGUGGGUCAGGCAUCUCGGGAUUGAAGUGAAGGCUAUAGGCCUCAAUGGAUUUCUGUGUCCCUUGUGCCUAAUCCUCAACAUCUGGCAUGAAGACAAGGACAAAUCAGACUACCUCAUGGGAAAUGUGGGUUGUGAAGGCCAGUCUGGGAAGAGUUUGCGAAAUCCCUUGAGUCCACAAUGUGAAUGUGCUUUAUUUUGAUAUGGCUUCUCUCAUGUAUAGACACACAACCUCUCCUUUUCAAUACCAGUUUCUCUCCUGGACUAUUGGCUUGGGGUGGCAAGAUGGCUCUGGCUUCCAGCCAUUUCUGAAGUGAUGCUGAUGGCAAGAGGCUGGAAUGGGCCCUGAACCCUGAGGUCUGUACUGAGACCAGGCACUGAGUGGAAGGAAAAAAGGAGAAGAAACAGGAACAUCAUCACUCAUGGACCAUUCAGAGCCAGAGGCUGGAGAAAACUGGGCUUGCUUUUACUGAUGUUGCAAAAAUGUCAAUUACAGCACAGGUUUUCUGCCCUAGGAUUAAACACACUAGGUGCAGUGGGCCCUGAUCUCAGCUCCAGACAUUAUUUAAAGCCGUCCUUAAGAAUGGUUUCUUCCUUGUUGUUGGUUAAUCCAUAACUAUGCUAGGAAAUUCUUUAAGAUGCAGAGAUGCAAAGUAGAAAUAAAUGGUGCAUAACCCA